AUGGACUCAUCAUAUCAAGACUUAAGUGAAUUGGAAAAAUCCGUGGCCCAUGCCGGUUCGCAAUUGAAUUGCAUGGCACAUAAAUUACAUGAAGUGGAACAACGCUGCUUAGAUUGCAAUAGUUUGGAGGAAAUUGAUGACACAUGUGUAUUGGAAUUAUUGGAGUCAAUGUCAGAGGUACGCAAUGAAUACAUUAAUCUCCGCAAGGACAUCCAAGAGGUGCAACAACUACAGCGUGACGUCACAACAUCAAUACGUUUUCAAAUGCGACAAAUGCAUUUAACAUAUCAGGUGUUAAAGAAGCGCUUGGAAAUAAAAAGAACACGAAAGUAG